AUGCUGUCACAAACAGCCCUUUUACUGCUACUGUCCUUGAACCUGGUUCACGGAGGAUUUUACGCUGAGCGAUACCAAACACCUACAGGCAUAAAAGGCCCACCACCCAACACCAAGACACAGUUCUUCAUUCCCUAUGCCAUAAAGAGUAAAGGUGUAUCAGUAAGAGGAGAGCAAGGUAUUCCUGGUCCACCAGGCCCCGCUGGACCUCGAGGGCACCCAGGUCCAUCUGGACCGCCAGGAAAACCAGGCUACGGAAGUCCUGGGCCCCAAGGAGAGCCAGGAUUACCAGGACCACCAGGACCAUCCACCACUGGAAAGCCAGGUGUGCCAGGACUCCCAGGAAAACCAGGGGAGAAAGGACUAUAUGGACCAAAAGGAGACAUUGGACCACCUGGCUCACCAGGAGCACGGGGCCCACCAGGACUCCCUGGAAUCCCCGGCCCACCUGGAAUUACUGCUCCAGGAAAACCUGGACAACAGGGACCUCCAGGAGCCCCAGGAGCCAGGGGUUUUCCUGGAGAAAAGGGCACACCAGGAGUCCCUGGUGCGCAUGGACAGAAAGGGGAAAUAGGAAAUGGUGCUCCUGGGCGUUCAGGAGAGAGGGGCCUUCCAGGGCCUCAGGGGCCCAUGGGGCCACCCGGCCCUCCUGGAGUAGGAAAAAGGGGUGAAAAUGGGAUUCCAGGGCAGCCAGGCAUCAAAGGUGAUCGGGGCUUUCCAGGAGAGAGAGGACCAGCUGGCCCGCCAGGCCUCCAAGGUCCUUCUGGGGAACAAGGACCAGAAGGCAUUGGAAAGCCAGGAGCCCCUGGAGCUCCAGGGCAGCCAGGGAUUCCUGGGACCAAAGGUCACCCUGGGAUUCCAGGAGCAGCUGGCCCCCCCGGGGCUCCUGGCUUUGGGAAGCCAGGGUUACCGGGCCUGAGGGGACAAAGAGGACCAAUUGGCCUCCCAGGGAGUCCGGGUGCCAAAGGGGAACAAGGCCCAGGAGGCCAUCCUGGGGAAUCAGGUCUGCCUGGCCCCCCUGGAAACAUGGGACCCCAAGGGCCAAAAGGCAUCCCAGGUAACCAAGGGAUUCGAGGCCCUAAAGGUGAGAUGGGUCCGGUUGGGCUUGCAGGACACCCUGGGACUAAGGGAGAAAGGGGUUCCUCUGGGUCAGAUGGAAAACCAGGGUACCCGGGAGAACCAGGCACCAGUGGUCCUAAGGGAAACCCAGGGCUCCCAGGCCCAAAAGGUGACUCUGGAGUUAGAGGACCUCCUGGUCUCCCAGGCCCUGUCGGCCCAGCAGGAGGUAAAGGAGUGCCUGGACACAAUGGUGAAGCUGGUCCAAGAGGUGCCCCUGGAAUACCAGGUACGAGAGGCCCCAUUGGGCCACCAGGCAUUCCAGGAUUCCCUGGAUCUAAAGGGGAUCCAGGAACUCCAGGUCCUCCCGGCCCGGCUGGCAUAGCAACUAAGGGGCUCAGUGGUCCCACUGGGCCACCGGGGCCUCCAGGUCCACGAGGCCACACUGGAGAGCCUGGCCUCCCCGGUCCCCCAGGACCCCCAGGCCCGCCGGGCCACGCAGCUCUGUCUGAGGGCUUUAUAAAGGCAGGCCAAAGGCCUCUUGUUAGUGCCAACCAGGGAGUAACGGGAAUGCCUGUGUCUGCUUUCUCUGUUAUUCUCUCCAAAGCUUACCCAGCUGUAGGUAUUCCCAUCCCAUUUGAUAAGAUUCUGUAUAACAGGCAACAGCAUUAUGACUCAAGAACUGGAAUCUUUACCUGUAGGAUACCGGGCACAUACUAUUUCUCCUACCAUGUGCAUGUGAAAGGGACCCAUGUCUGGGUGGGCCUGUAUAAGAACGGCACCCCCGUCAUGUACACCUAUGACGAGUACACCAAAGGCUACCUGGAUCAGGCUUCAGGGAGCGCCGUUCUCGAUCUCAUGGAGAACGACCAGGUAUGGCUCCAGCUGCCCAACGCUGGCUCAAAUGGGCUGUACUCCUCUGAGUACGUCUCCUCCUCCUUCUCAGGGUUCUUAGUGGCACCAAUGUGA